AUGACAUCGGUCAAGACUAUUGAGAACAUCGUAAAGGUUUACGAAUCGGAGAUUCAUCAACUCAACCUACCGGAUUUGCUCACACUCAAUGAAUUUUCCCCGGUAAACGACACAUCAACCAGGGAAAUUGCCCCUUCACCAUACAUUGCUCAAUAUAAAUUACAAAUAUUACAAAGUUCACUAUUGCAGCAACUAUCCCUAUUGGACCAAUUCAAGAAGAACAAACUGUACAAAGAGCUUAAAUUGAGGGUAGAACAGUUGCUUGUUGACGUGAUUGACGAAAAAUUGUACGUUGUUCAUCAGUUAAUUGAAUGGUACAACUUGGCAAAUACACCACAACGGGAAUCUACUAGCGACUCCAUCCACGACGGCAGCAACAGCAACAGCAACAGCAACAGCAACAGCGACGAUGCUGUACCCACCACAACUACAACAUUUGACAACGAUGAAAACUUGACUGAGCUACGCAACCGACUUUUAUCAAAAUCCAAAUCAAAACUUGAUCUCGAUUCAACAUCGCCAAACGACGUCGACAAACUCAACACGUACCAUGAAUCCAUUCAAGAUGACAUCCUCAAUGAAUUGUCGCAACUUACAUCCACGUUGAAAACAAGCGCCAUGUCCCUAAGCUCCAAGAUUUUGGGUGAUGAUUUAUCUAUACUUAAUGAAACCAAUGAAAACAUCAUUCGGAAUUCAAACUUGUUCAAAGUGAUUGACCGCAAUUUGAACAAUUAUUUGGAAAGCAAGACCGGUAAUAGAAUAAGCUUGUGGUUUUUGUUAAAGUGUGUUGUUGGAGUCAUUGGGGUGUUUUUGUUGAUGAUGCUCUUUAUCGUAAUAGUUCCAAGAAUAAGGUAG